CGUUAUAUGUGAGAACCUUUUGAUGUGUGACUCUUUAGAAGUAAGUGGAAAAUAUUUCAUCAAACUCGAAAACCGGUUUUAAGUUUACGACCGCCGGCAGAGAUCAUUAGUUCGUGUAAAGAUGGAAUACGCUACGUUCUCUAUCGCAGACUAUUCGCUAUUGGCUAUUUUGUUAAUCGUCAACUGUUGCAUUGGACUCUAUUUUGGUUUCUACAAAAAGCAAAAAACGCUCGAUGGUUACCUCUUUGGAGGAAGAAAGAUGGCAACGCUUCCCAUAACAUUGUCACUUGUUACUGGGACAGUUUCGCCAAUAGCCAUCGUAGGAGUACCGUCCGAAAUAUACACGUAUGGCACACAAGUAUGGCUAAUGAUCGUGUCUAUUUUAAUCGCCGGUUUGAUAAAUCACUUUGUCUAUUUGCCCGUAUUUUACAAUUUACAGUUACAAAGCGUUUAUCACUAUUUCGAAAUGCGAUUUGAUAAGUCCAUAAAAAAUGUAGCCUCUCUUAUAUACAUUUUGACAAAAUUGUUGAUGAUGCCUAUAAUUAUUUAUGCUUCGUCCUUAUCGCUUAAUCAAGUAACUGGGAUUAAUCUACACGUGAUCGCUUGGGUUAUUGCGGGCGUUUGUAUUUUUUAUACAACAAUUGGAGGCAUAGAAGCAGUGGCAUGGACGGACUCAUUGCAAGUGUUAAUCAGUUUCGGUACCAUACUUUACGUGUUAGCCAAGGGAAUCUCUCUAGUAGGCGGUGUGGAUGAGGUAUGGACGAAAUCUUCCGACGGCCAGAGGAUAGAGUUCUUUAACAUGAAUCCAGAUCCAACAGUUAGAAACACAUUUUUAUCGGUCGUAAUCGGAAACAUCUUCUUAUGGUUGGGAUUUCUAGCCAUUCCACCCGCAGGAGUUCAGCGAUCAAUAUCGUUACCUUCACUCCAACGUGCGAAAAGGGCCAAUAUGGUAACUACAAUUUUAGCCGGACUAUCCAAGCUGCUCUGUUGCUUUUUGGGGCUAGUCGUUUACGCCAAGUACGCAAAUUGUGAUCCAUUCUCGAUAGGACUAAUUAAAAAACUUGACCAAAUCUUCCCUUACUUUGUAACUGAUAUAGGGAAAUCCGUACCCGGGCUUAGCGGAUUGUUCGUGGCGGGAUUAUGCACCACAACUCUGGGUGUUUUGUCGACUUUUUUUAAUUCGAUCUCUGCCAUUUGUUACCUUGACUUUUUCAUUCAUAUCCUGCCAAAAGGAGGAAAAUGGGCAAAUUCUAGCACAGUUCUAAAAGUCAUCACAGCCAUCGUAGGAAUUAUAAGCGUAUCCCUUGUAUUUGUCGCAGAGAAAUUGGGAUCCUUAUUUGAGUUGUUACAUUGUGUUCAUGGUAUUACGGAGGGUCCCUUGUUGGGAGCUUUUACGCUCGGUUUGCUUAUCCCCAGGAGCAAUGCAAGGGGCGCACUGAUUGGAGUAUUAUCCUCGGUAGGGAUAAUGUCAUACCUCAUAAUUCAACAUCAAAUAUAUGUCUGGGACGGCGCGAUUUCUUACCCACCAAAGCCAUUGCGUACAACUGAUUGUAACGCAACUUACUUGAACCAAUCGCUUGUUACGACAAUCACUCCCAUUUCGGAAGCACCGCUGUGGCUCUUCAGGCUGUCCUUUCAAUAUUACACCGGUAUUGGUACAGCACUUACCAUUUUGAUUGGGGUCCUUAUUAGUGUACUUACGACCAAAGAUAGCGAAGUAGAUCCUGCUCUUGUAAUACCUUGCGUUCGCAGAUUCUGUUCACCAAAGUCACAGGCCGAAUUUGAGCUGAAGAAUAAUCUUUUGAAUGAGAACGUCCAAAUUACAGAUAAUGCCAGUGGUACUUAAAAGGUAUAAAUAAACGUCAUUUAUUGUA